AUGGUUCUUUACCUGCUGGAAGUGGGCAGUGCCGGGGCUGAGCCCCUACACCAGGAGGACAGAAAGAGAAAAGAGAGACUUCCACAAGAGAGAAGAGAGAUAAUCCCACCAGAGAAGAAGAAGAGACUUCACCAGAGAAGAGAGAGAUACUUCACCAGAGAAGAAGAGAGAGCCAAAAUAAUUCCACAGAGAAGAGAGAGACUGUCCACCAGAGAGAAGAGAGAGACUUCCCCAGAAAAGAAGAGAUUCCACCAGAGAAUCACCAGAGAAGAAGAGAAGCUUCCACCAGAGAAGAGGAGAACUUCCACCGAGAGGAGA